AUGGCCGACGUGAAUGAAGGGUUUGCCAAGAGACUCGCGCGGGAGGGUUGGAGUCUUUAUGCUCUGGGAAUGGCCAUCAUUCUUCUGAGAAUGCUGGGAGGAAUAUCCCGUUAUCAAGUCGACGACUAUCUCGAGAUCCUUGCUGCUGUCCUCUUCACCAUCCUCCUCGUAUCCCUCAACAUAAUCAUCAACAACGGCGGCUCGAACCUCUAUCCGCCUGAACAAUUCUCUAUCUUUACUGCCUUCGAUAUUCGAGCCCGCACCACCGGCUCCAAGGUUGUCCUCGUCUCGGAGCAGGCCAUGUUGAACGUCAUCUACGUCCUCAAGGCCUGCGUUCUGAUCCUUUACACCCGGCUCACCUUGGGCCUCGCCGCACAGCGCUUUGUCCGCUACCUCUCGGUCUAUGUAGCCGUCGGCUGGACCGCGACCCAGAUCAUGAUGUUCGCCGCCUGCCGGCCCUUCAGCGGGUACUGGGCCAUACCGCCCCCCGACCCGCAAUGUGCCACAUUCGAACAGUACGCGAUCCUGCAGGGGUGGUUCAACAUCUCCUCUGACGUGCUCAUGCUGCUCGUGCCGCUGCCGCUUGUGUUUCGGAUGGAAAUCGCCUGGCGGCAGAAGGCUGUAUUGUUGUUCAUCUUCAGCUUGGGGCUCUGUGUCAUCGUUGCGGCACUACUGACCAAGAUUUUCAACUUGAGCGACCCGUACAGCCCGAACUACAUGUUGUGGUACAUCCGCGAGGCGAGCGUUGCUGUCUACGUGUCGAAUCUGCCACUCAUCUGGCCAUUGCUCAGGGAAUGGUUCCCAUGGUUGCGCAGCCUGAAAGCGGUUGGAUUCUUGCCGACGCCGUGUACCGUGGGACGGACGAAGGCAGUGAACGGAUCUUCAGGGGUCAUGACUCAAAGCGUCAGUCAGGCACUACCGGCGAUAUCGGUGGCGAGGAGGGAUACGCUCGAUGGGUUUGGGAUCUGGCUGAACGCGGGCGACCUCGAGCUACAGAACUCGCUGCAAGCACUACAGCCCAGUUCAAGCCAGCGACACAUUCUUGAGUGGGAAGGUAAUGAUCCUGACAGUUCAUCCCCUGGUACGGAAAAGACGCGGAAAAGAAGGUCGUCCCUCCCAAAGGCCUUCAUUCUGGGGCGGGAAGACGAAAAGCCGAGCACACGACGACAGACGAUGGAAUUGGAUAUUGAACGAGGGUUGUAUAGUUGUUUUGGCCCAGGACAAGGUCUAUACCCUAUGAGACCGCUAGACUUUAGUCCGACGAAGUAA